AUGAGCCGGCAGUGCUACACCUCCAGCUCGCUGCUGGGCCGACGUGGCUUCUCCUCAGCCUCCGCUGUCUGCGGUCUGGGCAGGGCAGGCAGCAGCUCAGCCUCGGUGUGCCAACCGACGGCACGGCGCUGCGGGUUGGGCGGCUUCAGCAGCCGGAGUGUCUGUGACCUGGGCCGUGGGCAGAGGAUUUCCUUCGGAGGAAGCUGCCGUAGUGCGGCAUACGGAGCGGGCAGCGUGGGACGAUGCGGCGCUGCCUAUGGCGGAGGUCGCUUUGGCGUGGGCACGGUGGUGGGGUUCGGUAACUGCGGAGGCUAUGGGGGCCUGGGCAGCUACAGAGGCCUUGGGGAUGGCGUGGCGAUGGGCGGCUAUGGCGGAGGCAUCAGCAUCGGGCUUGGAGGAGGUCGAUCAGAAGGGAUCCGCGGUGUCAGCAUCCACCCGGAGCUCCUCAAGCCCCUGUGUGUGGGGGUGGACCCUGAGGAGUGCCAGGUGCGGACCCAUGAGAAGGAGCAGAUCAAGAACCUCAACAACCAGUUCGCCUGCUUCAUCGACAAGGUCCGGCUGCUGGAGCAGCAGAACAAGGUGCUGACCACCAAGUGGGAUCUGCUGCAGCAGUAUGUCCUGCCGGCAUCCCGGCGCAACCUGGAGCCCGUCUUCGAGAAUUUCAUCUGCAAUCUGAGGAAGCAGCUGGAGUGCGUGCUGGGGGAGCGAGAGAGGCUGGAGAAUGAGGAGCGUUGCCUGCGGGACCUGGUGCAGGAAUACAAGUGCAAGUAUGAAGAUGAGAUCAACAAGCGCACAGCAGCGGAGAAUGAGUUCGUGGUGCUGAAGAAGGAUGUGGACUGCCUCUACCUGACCAAGGAAGAGUUGGAGGUGCGGGUCGGCCUCCUGCGGCAGCAGCUGGAAUUCCUCAAGUGCAUCUAUGCUGAGGAGAGAGCACAGAUGGACUGCCAGCUGUGUGACACUUCAGUCAUCGUGCAAAUGGACAACAGCCGGGACCUGGACAUGGAGGGCAUCAUCAAAAGCGUAGAGUGCUGUUAUGAAGAGAUUGCCCAGAAGAGCAAGGCUGAAGUGGAGGCUUUCUACCAGACCAGACUGGAAGAGCUCCACAGCAGCCGGGGCAAGUUCUGUGAUGACCUACGGAACAACCAGAGUGAGAUAGCUGAACUGAACCGGAUGAUCCAGAAGCUGCAGUGUGAAUCAGAUAAUGUGAAGAAACAGAUCGCAGCUCUGCAGACAGCCAUCUGUGACGCCGAGCAGCGCGGUGACUGCGCCCUCAAAGAUGCACGGCAGAAGCUGGUGGACCUGCAGACAGCUCUGCAGCAGGCCAAGGACAAGAUGGCGUGUCUGCUGAGGGACUACCAGGAGCUGCUGAACGUCAAGCUGGCCCUGGACAUCGAGAUUGCGACCUACAGGACUCUGCUGGAAGGAGAAGAGAGCAGGAUAUGCACUGGCAACCCUGUGAGCGUAGCCGUGGUCAGCGGCGGCGGCACAGUCGGUGAGUGCCGAUCCCUAUCCGGAAUCGGUGGCAAAUGCUCUGUGAAGACCGGAGUCAGCUCAGGGCUGGGUGGGGUGGUCUCAUCCUUUGGGGUCAGCGGUGCUGGGUUCAGUGCUCGCAGCGUGGACUGCAUCCCUAGGGUGGGGGGUGGCUUUGGGGCCCGGAGUGCAGCCAGCUGCGUGGGGCGCGAGGUGCUGCCCGGUGCUGAUGGGCUGCAAUGUGCAGCCGGUGUGGGCAACCUAGUGUGUGCUGGAGUGGAGCAGUGCAGCCCUGGGGCUGUCAUCAUCCCAGGGGCGGGGGUGUGUGGAGGGGGCAGCCGGUACAGCACGGCCAUGCGCGUGGUCAGAACGAGCCGGUAGGUGGGCAGCACCGCGUUGUAUUGAGAAAGAAUCAGCAUUUCUGCAGUAAAACAGUAUUCCCCUUCCUUCUAACAGCUGAAUCACACAAGCAUGCAUUGCACACGCAGUAAGGUCGGUAGCUGUGCCAAAAACAUGGUGGUUUUUUGAAUGGUCACCACUCACCUUCUCUCACAUGGUGCUCUGGGGGUCAGCGGACCCCCAGGUCUCAGGCAGGCGAGAUUUGCAUUUCAGUCUGCUGCCUUCAUGGCUCUUUCUGCUCAGCCCCUUUUCCAAGGGAUUUCCUGUCCCUCACACAACAAUUGCAAAAGAACAAAAAAUUUGCUCAUCAGAAAGAGCAGCCACAUCUUACACUGCCCCAGAUGAAGCUGCAUCUAUUAUUUAGCUCCUUUAAUGACACCUGAAAAUCCAAUUUUUCCUGUUUACGAGAGGGUUGGUAAUGGUUAUGUAAAUGGGCCCAAGUUGCUACACCAGGUUUGGUAGAGCAGAUUUUAAUUACACGCCGACGAGCACCUUAUAUUUCUGUAGUUAAAUGCAUGCAUUGUUUUUCCUGUGUGUGUACCAGAUAGACGGAUUUAAUGCUUUUAAUGUGUAAGUGAACAGUUGAUUACCCUUCGCUUA